UGUAAAAUAAAUUUGUCUUAAAAUGUGACUUUAAUGAGGCAUGAAGUGUUUUAAAAACUAAUUCAUAUUUUUAACAUUUUUUUCAGUUUGGUGUUGUCACCUUCCUUGAAGACGAUGGCAGUUAUUCAUCGAGUGAGGCUGUACCAUAUAUAUGGGUAUUUGACAAUGAGACUAAGUGCUAUUGGCCAGACUUUUCAAAGGCAGGGACUUCUGAUAAAAGAACAAGACUCAUCAUGAGAUUAGAGAAGCCCUCUCCCUCCUGGAAAUCAUUCCCCAUCAAAUUAAGACAUAGAUUUGCGACUUAUGAGAAAGCCAGAUCUGCUGCAAAGAAACAGAAUGAAGGUUAUGAAACAGUUGGUACUGAGCCAAGUGAUUUAGACCAAGUUAAGCGCCGUAGCCAUCGACCAAAGAGAUAUUGCACCACGUCUGAUGAUGAUGAUGUUCAGCCCAAACCAAAAAAACGUAAAAGAGAAGUAAAUAUAGCAUCAGAAAGUGAAAGUGACCAGGAAGCAAUGAAUGAUGAUGAAAUGUCUGCAAAAAUCUCAGAAUAUCUGAAAUCUUCCAACAAAUAUCCUUCAAAACCAUCCAGAACUACUACACUCAUAAAGAAAACUCCCUCAGUUUUGAAAGAGUCAGGCAAGGAAACUAAAGGGAAAGCUAGCAAAGGUGCCCCUGAUAAAAAGACUGUACACACUCCUUCCGGCUCUCAGACAUCAAGAACAUCUUCAGCUGUACUACAGAAGCCACAAGGUACUCCGUCCUGCUCUCAGAUACCAGCUGGACGGCUUAAGCUACCAGGUGCUCCAACAAAUUCACUUAUGAUGUCUACUAGUAUGCGAACUCCCAUAACUUUAGAGGACCAUCAAGAAAUAAACAACAGGCUUUUAGGGAAACCUCAAAAUACAAUCAGAACUGAAAAGGAACAGAGUUCCUCAGUCUUUCAGGGAGCGGGCACAGUUAAGCUCAGCACCACCCAAAAUGAUCCCAAUGUGCCUUCUGUCCAGCCAUCAGAGGUCAAUACCAAAGAAGUUGAGCCAAACCAAAAUGAUCUAGGAACUUUAAUUGAGGAAAGGAUAGGAAAAAUUAUCAUGGAAAGUAAUCAAACAAGCAUGUCGUCCCUCGUAUUGACCGGUUCGAGUUCUCCCCAGCCAUCUGAGUCUAGCCAAAAUGAUUUACUUGAUACAAAUGAGGAAAUAGUCCAAACUCAACACUCCUCACCCUUGAAUGACAGUGGUGUAGUGGUAGAUUUACCAAAAUCUUGUUUUGAAAAACUGGACAUCAAGAUUGAGGGAUAUCAACGAGUUACAGCGGAAAGCCUAUCAGAGAUACGACAACAAUUAAAUGCUGUGAUGCUGAACCAGGCCAAAAUUCUCUCCCAUGUGGCUCCGGAAGAUGAGUUAUAUGAUCCAACAAAUAUGCCACCUUUAUUUAUAAAGACUGAAGAAAAAUUAGAUGAAUUUGAAGUCUUUUUGAAGAAUCCUACUAAUUUUAAAUCCUAUGUCUUACAUCUUACUCAAUUGUCAAUGGACAUUGCAAACGAGUCAGAUGCAACUGGAUUCAUUCUGAAGAAAACAAUAUCCAACAGACUUGCUCGAGGAAUUAAUUGGGAGGGGAAAAAAGGAAAAUUGGCGUUUGAGAAGACUCUGCUGAACAAAGCAAUAUGCUGUGCAAUGCUGAAGAAUUUCCCUCAGGGAAGACUUAUUUUGACCAAGGCGAAGAUCAAGCGUUGGCUGGAUACCAGUGCUCAACGCAAACUAGAAGAGAGUGAAGAAAGCUGUGUCGAAGAUGAUGAUUAAUUAUUUCUCUUGUCACAAUCAUUACCAGAAAAUAUUGUUAUGUAUCACGAUACAGGAAGUAUCAUCAAUAUAGUUUAUGUUUGUUAUUUUGUAUUAUUGAAAGGCUGUGACGAUACAGACAGUUAUGAUGCUGCUCUUGUCAUAAAUAAGACCAUAAAUAUUUUUUAGUAUUAAAAGUGCUACAGUAUUAAUUUUUUGACUGUAUUAUAAUAGUUGUUUUUUUUUUUUAAUUUUGUAUAUGAUUGGAAGAUUGUGACAAUACAGACAGUGCCAGCUUUAUUCUGGAAACUAGCAAUUUUUAUUCCUCUCCCCAACCUUUUAUUAUGGUUGCUACUAAGGCAAGCCACACCAUUGGUCAAACGAACAGAUAUUAUAACCAUCAGGAAGGGCCCCAGAGCCCACUAGAGACGUUUUGAUGUUGUUUUGACAUCAUUUUGACAUCAUGAGAUUCAGGUCAUUUUGAUGUCAAGAUGAGUGGGAGAUGAGUCAAGUAAGCAUCAUUUCAGAGGGCCACAUUGACAUCACCGUGAUUUUUCAGCCGUGACCUGAAAGGGAUGUCAAAAUGACAUCAAAGUGACUUUCCUUCCUCCUUGGGUA